GAUCUUCCAAAACCAACUCUUCCCGCAACGCCCGUCACUCUCACUCCUUCCCCUUCCUUCAUCGCCACCGCUUAUGGCGGAGAAACCCACCAGAACCACCGCCACCGCCACUAAUAUCAGUUUGGAGGGCAGCAAAGCCGACAGGCACGUCUGGUUGAUGAAAUGCCCUCCCAUCGUCUACCGCGUCUUACAGCACCAACACUCUGCUCCUCUUCCUCCGCCCCCCUCCUCCUCCUCCACUGACACCGACUCCUCCGCCCUUCCCGUCGCAAAAGUCAUCGUCGCCGUUAACCCUCUCCUUCCCAACGAUGACUUCGCCUCCACUGAGUUUACAAUGGAGUUGCCUGGUACCGAACCUGGAAACAUACCGAAGUGCUAUUCUUUGGACAUGUCGACAGACUUUAUUCCAAUGUCCAUAUUUUCUGAAUCAGUACAAGGAAGGCUUUCUGUGGAAGGGAAGAUCUAUCACAAGUUUGAUAUGAAGCCUCACAAUGAAAACAUUGAAAACUAUGGCAAACUAUGCCGUGAAAGGACAAACAAGUAUAUGACCAAAAGUAGACAAAUACAGGUUAUUGACAAUGAUAAUGGAAAACAUAUGAGGCCAAUGCCAGGGAUUUUUGCUUCAAAGCCUACUACUACUACUGGAUCUGCACCAGAAAAGAAGAAAGCACCUACAAAAGGAUCGGAACUGAAGAGAACGCGAAGAGACCGUGAUGAGAUGGAAGAAAUCAUGUUUAAGCUGUUUGAGAAGCAGCCAAAUUGGACACUAAAACAACUGAUUCAAGAGACGGACCAACCAGAGCAAUUCCUGAAAGACAUGCUUAAACUGCUGUGUGUCUACAAUAACAAAGGCACAAACCAAGGAACUUAUGAGCUGAAGCCCGAGUACAAAAGAUCAGAAGAUUCUUAGAUUGAUUUAUCCAUCCGAUUUCUUCUUCUUUGGAUUCUUUUUUUUUUUUUUUGCAAUUUGAUUUUGUAAAUAACUAAUUCUUCUGUACAAAGAGGGGGGAAUUAAUCUGAACAACAAAUUGUUUUUGCUUCAAUUCUUUUUCUCUAUUUUCCCCUUUUUGAUGUGUAAUUAUGGUAACCAACCCUUUUAUUCA